CUGUUUCCUAGCAACUCAGGAUAGGGUGCUUUCUCCUUUGAGUGAAAUAAUUCAGAGGCAAAUACUGGGAUCAUUUGCAGGCCCUAAGGCAAUAUCUUGCAUACACUUGAGAAGAAGCACAGUAGCAUAGCAUGAUGCCUCACUGUUUAUAAGAAGAGGGUUGUGCCUUUUAAAUCAGAUGGGAGCAACAUUACUUCAGAAUUCUUUCAUGUGAACUCGUAAACACCAGCAUUUUGCUUUUAUUACUACUUAACUGUUUGGGAUGGUGAGAGGUAUCUCUUGAAAGACUUGUAGUCCUUCAUAUUUUUCCUGGAUCAGCCAAAACAAAAAUGAACAGAGUGAUUGUUCUAUGACUUCUUCAAGGACAAUGGAUGCUAAAUUACAGGAAACAGAAGGGUUUGGGGAGGAAAGUUCAGGAAAGAAGAAGUCUAAAUUUAAAUCUAUCAAAAAGUUUUUUGGGAAAAGAAAAAGAAAAGAGACAUUAUCGUCUUCAGGAAGUGGGAGUCUGAAACCAAGCCAGUCCACAAGCGAUGUCACAGUCUCACAGUCCGUGCAUGUAGAUUAUGAUUCUGAAGAUGAACUUGAGAUACACAGAAGUGUUAUGGGAAGCAGGGCCUUGUCGCAUGACAGCAUUUUUAUUCCAGAGGCUGCACCAGAACCUGCUAGGCCAGUCCGCGUUUUUUCUCAAGAAAACAUUUCUGAUCGGAUUAGGGCUUUACAGUUGAAGCUCCAGCAGAAUUGGAAAUCAGGCUUCCCAUAUGCCUUUGGAACUCCUGCAAAGAGGGAUGAUCCUGGGAUGAAUUCAGAAGAUGAUGGAUUGCCCAGAAGUCCACCAGAAGCAUCUUUGCUACAGGAAAUUCUAAAUUCUAGUACAGCAAAGUUCUCUGACUCUCACAAGCAUCUUAGCUCUUUGAGUUUAGCUGGAACAGGCAGUGAAGAAGAAGAACAGGUCACAUCAAGUCCUUUGAGAUCCUGUUCUACAGACAGUCAACUAUUCCCCAGACAGUCAAGUGCUAAAAUUAUAACCUUAGGAACAUCUGACCACAGUCUGUCACCUCCUGCUGAUUUUGAUAUUCCACCUGAGUUAUCUUCUUGCUUGGAUAAUUCCGCUGCUAAGCACAAGCUUUUAGUGAAACCACGGAACCAGAGAUGUAGUAGAACAAGAAAGUCACCUUCGAAGAACUUGCCAGAAUCUCAGAAUGACUUGAGCUGCACUCUUGAAGAAGAUAGACGUGACAGGAAAGGGAUGCUGGCUGAACAGACUUAUGCAGUCAGUCCUGGCCAUCAGGAACUGACAAGCAGUGCUGCUUCAUUAGAUGCAGCAUCCUCUGAGCAAGCUGAAAUGUCAAAAGGUCUUGAACAGCAGACCUUAAGUCACCAAAACAAAGAAGGCUUUAUGCCACACUCUGCGCCUUCUGAGAUUGACUCACUUCCCUAUGGCAAUAACCAAGAAGGGUGCAGAAUUAUGCAGGAAUUAGCACAGACAGUAUCACCGUCACCAUCUGCUGACCACAAGGAAGACGUAGCCGCCCUGUAUCGUAUUCCAAAGCAAGAGAAAGAGCACCUGGAAAUCCUGGAAAUCCCCACUGGUAAUUUAAGUGGCGUGUCACUUGGUAUUAUAAGUCAAGAAAAAAACAUUUCUGAUGUUUCAUCAAAAAGUCACACGCUGUCCCAUAAGAAUGUCUUAGCCAAAAAUGAUGUGAUCCCUACAUCAGAUGGAACGGAAAAAGAUAUGCGGAUGGAUGGAAAGGCACUUCCAGAAAAGAACUGUAAUAAGAGAACUAUAAAGGGAUCUCCUUCCAUGUCUAAUCCCACCAAUCCUUCACCAAAUAGUUUUAAGUCCACUGAUUUAGCCUACUGUGAGGAUAGCAGUAUUUCUCAAACAUUCUGCACUGAUCCCUCAUCACAAAUGGACAAACCUUUGUUGACUUUAGACAAGGUGAAGCCAAAUCAGGAGAAAAGUAAAUCUGAUAAAGAAAACCACCCAGCAAUGCCUAGUGUGUCGAUUUUAGGAGAAAAAGCAGAGACAGAAACCGGUGACCUCUUCGCUUUGAGAAAAUUUUCAGUGUCAGCAGCUUGUGGGAGAUCAAGGACUGGCAGCUUGAACGUAAAGGAAACUUUAGAGUAUGAGAAUCUGGUUACCACACAAGUCUUGCAAGCUAAAACAAAAAAAACCUCCUCCAAAACCACCAAGAUGGACAUGGACCUGAUCUCUUUCCCAGACAACAAAGACAACACUCAGAAACAGCCAUCCCUGCUUGAGCCAGAAUUGGAAGGACCUGCUAGAGCAUUGGAUAGAAGGGUGGUUGUGUCACAGGCCCAGACUGUCGGGUCUAAGCCAGUCCUAAGUAAGUCUUCUGGGGGUGGUCCACAGCAGUCAAGUGGUGGCCAGCCAAAUGGGGAAGAUAAAAAUCCAUUUCAUGUCAAACUCAGAUCUACCUCUUUAUCUCUGAAGAACAAGGACAGCAUUUCAGAGGAAUUGAAGGAGACUAAAAGACACAGUGCAGAGUUUAAUUCAGGAAACGAGGGAGUGCCUGCGUCUUCUUCACUGCAAGGCGAAAUGUCAGAGGUCAGAAAAACAGUGGAUGUAAAUAUCAAUAGCUUUUUAAGCCAGAGCCUCAAAAUCAAGUCAAAAUCUUCUGAACAGGGCAGCACAAAACCUCCCUUACCAAGGAAGCCUAUUGUACAACACUUCGUUAUUAGUGGCACUAAUACAAACACAGACAAGCAGGAAAAAACUAGGUGUCCUGAACUUAAAUAUGAAGACAAAGAUUCGAAGAAGAAAAUAGGUCCCCUUGAAGUGGCUGAAAAAAGUGUGCCUUCUCUCGGGAUUGUGGUAGACACUGCAAAAACAACUGAAAGCUCAAGGAUUCCAGCCUGGAUUACCACAGCAAAACAAAAGCAAAAGGUCAUGGAACAGGAGCUUAGCAAAGAAGAGAAGUCAGUGGCUCAGGAUAAGACAGAAAUUACAGAAAAACAAAUUACAAAGAAGUUACAAAUUGAGGAAGCAGUGAAACAACAGACAGAUUUCACCCGGAGCACAUUCUCCUCUUUCCCACCAAAAGUUUCUUUUGAAGAACAGAAGAAAGAGACAAAGUUGGAUACGCAAGAAUCUUUGCCCAGAGCCAGCUUGCUGUCACAUCAUAAUCUCGUUCAGUCUUCAGUAACAUCAGUUGAAAAAGAAGACGCAAAGCCCAUUAAGAAGAUCAGUGGUUCUUCUCCAGGUCAGCCCUUGUGGAUGGAACUUGCCAAAAAGAAAGCUCAAGCUUGGAGUGACAUGCCCCAGAGGAUAAAAUAGAACAGGCAAUUUGUGCUCAUUGUUGUUACUUGGUAAGAAAGUUUAUCAGGCUAUAUUAACUCAAUUGAUAAAGAUGAGUUAAUGCUAACAAAACUGACAUUAUAUCAAAGAGGCCAUGAUACAAGAAAAGUACAACAUUAUGGCAAUGAGGACGGUGCUGGAAAGCUGAUGAGAGGGUUUGCUUAUUUCUUGCAGGGAAAAAUUCAAGAAAUUGCUUAUGUGACUUUUUCUUCAUUUCUUUCCUUCUCUAAUAUGGUUUGCUAUAAACAAACAAACAAGAUAAGAAUAUUCACUCAACAUUGACUAUCCAGUAUUCUCCUCCCACAUCAGUUAUUCACCAAUCAAAUUUGUGAGCUAUAUGUCGAAACCAGAAUGUGAUAAGAAUCCCAAGAAUGCAGGUUGGGGAAUUUUGGGGAGAUAUAACUGAAGAUGAAAAGAAAAUAUUUUUUCCAAGAUCUGAAACAUUGACCUUGAAAUGAAUCUUAAUCCAAAUUGGAAAAUGGUUAUAGUAUUUACCAUUACAAACAGACUGGAGAUAAGGCAAUACAGUUGUUGUUUUUAUGUUUAUGGGGCCUCUUCAAUCACUACAUUCCUAUCGCCACCCCUAGACCCCUAUACAGUGUAGAAUCAGGAGCAGGUAUGAGGUUCAUGUGGUUCUUCCCUUCAUGUAUUUAGUCCCACAUGAGCUAUAAUUCGAAACAGCUAAUCUAUAAUAUGUCCUUUUAUCAUUCUGGCCUCCUCUAGUAUUCAGUUUGUGCUGACCUCCUUUUAAAACUGGGAAACCUUUAGAAACCCAUGAUAUGGGUCAAAAGAACUGUACACUUAUAAAGGAUGUCCUUUUCGCAAUGGCAUGCAUAUAAUAUCACAGCAGAAGAUUAGAAGUAGACAUGGUUUGACACCUCUUGCUUUCCUGGGUACACAGCUUGGAUUAUCAUAGCUCAUGAAUAAAUCAAUUUUGGCUGGGUUCUGAGUGAGGCAGUAAAGGUACAAAACACUCAUCCCUUUUAGGGUCAAAGGAAGGAGUUAAAAGCAAUACCUUUAUUAGGCCAACCAAAAUUAUCACACAAUAGUGUGCAAGACAUCAAGGUCUCCAGGAUUCCACAUUGUAUUAGCUGGUAAACAAAACACAUAGGGUAGGUGAACAAGUUGGGAAUGACUGUUUAUUUUAUAGUCUGAAAGUGAGGCUAUGAAAGAAAGUAGUACCAGACAUUCAGAUGUAAUGUUGUGGAUGGCAAAGGUACUACUAAUGAACUCUUCCUCUUUCUGGAGUCAAACAUAAGACCAAUUGUGGAUUGAUAGCACUUCUCAUUCUUAAUAGAUCUGUAAUACUGUAUAUACAUUCUACUUUUUUGUUUUAAAAAUAAAAAUGUUCUCUAGAUUUGAUAAUUUGUAUCAUUUCUGUUUCUGCUUUAUAUAAUAUCUGUUGUUUUGUCACAUUCUCUGUAAAGCUGUACAGACUAGGCAUGUUGACGGUAGUAAAUCUUGCAGAGUUUAAUGGGGCAUAUUCACUUGUAAUUGUGCUUAGAACUACAGACUAAAGUUUCUAAUGUGUCAACUAAAUUAUUUUCAGUGUUGUGUUCUGUACAAUAUAGAGAGAACUAUAUUAAUAAACCUUUGCA